AAACAUGUGAUGUAAACAAGUUCUCGUCGACCGAGGCGGGUUACGACGCUCUCCUAAGUUGUGCUAUACUAUAUACGAAAAGUGAUGACAGGGAAAUCAUGCAUCUGACCAUACAUAAACAAGUAUAGUCUUUCUGGAUAUUCAUUUGCACAGCAUCACAGCUCCCAGUCAUGGCUAGUCCAACAAUUGAAUCACUUUGUUGUCUGUCUACAAAAAAUGCUUUCAGCAAAGAUUUCCUUGCUGAUUUUCAGUCAUUGCCAUAUAAUCUGGUGUCCAUUAUUGCAUCUAUACUUGGCAUAACUGGUGCAGUCUAUCAGGUACUUCCACGGACAGCAGGUACUGGCACAAUGAACGGAAGUCGUAAAUUCUUGAAAACACGAGGUCGUCUCAUCAUCAGAUGGCUGGCUUUGGCUGAUUUGAUGGCAUCUCUUGGCAUUCUCAUCCGGUCUGUUACCUGGCUUGCUGAUGAUUCGUUUGGUUCAGACUCAGACGAUAGCUCUCUUGGACAGUGUGUAUGCAUAAUAACUUCAGCCAUGAUUCACUAUUUCUACACUGCAACUUACUGUUGGACCUUCUUGUAUGCACUCGAUGUUAAACUGGUGAUGCAAGACAAACGAAUAAAUCAACGUAUUUAUCACCUUGUGUCUUGGACUGUGCCUGUUGUGUUAUGUUUAAUUGGUCUUCUUGUCCUUUACCUUCCUGACCUUAACUGCCAUAGUUCAAGUGUGAACCCAUACAUUCGUUUCCUUCCCAACUACUUGAGCUCUUUCAUUCCUAUUGUGGUUGUCAUGAUAGGCAACCCAAUACUAUACUGCUUAGCUUUUUCCAGAGUUGAAAAGCAAAUUAUGUCAGCAAGAGGCAGAUUUACACAAUCAGAGCGACGAGUGGUUAACGGUCUCCUAAAGAAAUUCUUCCUCAUUAAUGCCGUGUUCUAUCUCUGUUGGUUACCAAAUAUCAUAAAUGGCAUUGUAUUGUGGUCAACAUGGCAAGAUAUCCCCAGAUCCCUCAUCCUUGUCAUUUGGUAUUUAAUGGCAAUUCUAAAUCCUCUACAAGCUGUCUUCAACUGUAUUGUGUAUCGCAGCUGGGAUUCUGAUAGUACCAUAUCUAAGCCAAGGACAGUAACAUGGCAGUUCUGGAGAAAGAGACCCUCUCAGGAAUUGGAGGAUACCAUUUCCAAUAUUGAAGAUGAACAGGUUGAAAAUGAGUCUUCUCAAGAGGAAUCUGAUACUGGGAAUGUUGCAAUGCAGUUAUCUGGUGAGCGUGCACCUCUUCUUCAGUCACCAUCACGUGCAAGUCAUGCACUUAAGAAAUACAGUAAAUAACUCUCACAAUAGUGUCCUAAAAUAUUGUAUUAUGCAAAAGUGUCAAAUGAACUACUGUAUAUUUUUAUCUUGCUUUCCCAGUUGUUCGGUGGCAGUAUAUUACCAGAACAGUUACUAGGACCAAAGUUGAAUCUCGAAUAUACAGUAUGCUUGUGUGUGUAUGCCUAACUAACUGCUAUUAACACUUUCACUCGGUAACGACUCAGCAUUGCAUUGUUUUUUAGUAGACUCAUUUUCGGUAACGACACAGCAUUGCGUCGGCGGUGGCAGCAAAUUGGUGGCGGCUUCGGGAGGGGGGCACCGCGGUUUUGGAUAUUAUAUGCAUAUACUCCUGUAGGGAAUUUCAUUGCAAAUACAUUGAUACCAAAUUAAAGACCUAGGACCAGAAUUGAGGUAACAAAGUUGAAAAAGAGCAUACCCAUUUUAUUAGCGCUC